GCUUCGAGAACACUGUCCAACCAUCUUGUCCUCUGUCGUCCCCUUCUCCUAGUGCCCUCCAUCUUUCCCAACAUCAGGGUCUUUUCCAGGGAGUCUUCUCUUCUCAUGAGGUGGCCAAAGUAUUGGAGCCUCAGCUUCACGAUCUGUCCUUCCAGUGAGCACUCAGGGCUGAUUUCCUUAAGAAUGGAUAGGUUUGAUCUUCUUGCAGUCCAUGGGACUCUCAAGAUAAUAAAAUAAUAAUAAUAAUAAUAAUAAUAAUAAUAAUAAUAAUAAUAAUAAUACUCCGCCCUUCUGACUGGGUUUCUACACCAAUAAAGCACUGCCCCCACCAAGCUUAGACUGACUUCAGCCAGCCCCCACCUGCCUGCCUUCUUUCUUACAACCUCUCAAGGGGUUGGAGCCUGAGUGUCCUCUUCCUUCCUAGUUUACCCCUUAGUCCAGGGCAGGCAUAGGCAACCUUGGCUCUCCAGAUGUUUUGGAACUACAACUCCCAUGAUCCCUAGCUAACAGGGCCAGUGGUGAGGGAUCAGGGGAGUUGUAGUUCCAAAACAUCUGGAGAGCCCAGGUUGCCUAUGCCCGGUCCAGGGAUUUGUCAACCUGGUCCCUAUUGCUCACUAGUGGGCGUUUCAGGAUUUUAGAUGGGCGGUAGGGGGUUCUACAGCACAAGUUGAAUCCUCCUUCCAUCGCGCACUGGUGGGCGGUAAGGAAAUUUUACCAUCAAGAAAGAUGCAUUAGUGGGCUGUAAGGGGAAGGGAUUGGAGAGGAACCCCCCCCCCUCAUCAGGAGCAGCCCGUCUCCAAGCAGUCAUGAAAGCGCGGGGUCUGAAGGGGUGAGUCAGAAGACAGAGAAGGAGUGCCAGGGCUCUGGCAGCAUUGGAGAGCCCCUGCUCCACAGGCAGGAAGAGAGAGAGGCGGGAAGGGUGGACAGGGAGAAGGCAGACCGUAGACCCUUCCCCCCUGACACCGGUAUUGAGGAGGAGGAGAAAGGGGAGGAGAUUCACUGUCCCGAGGCUUUUAUGUUGGUCAAAGUCGCGAAAAGGGGCAGUGCCGGAUUCUGAUACGGAAUGAGAAGACAUGAAACCGACAGCUCACUACACUGUAAAUAAUGUGCACCAAUAAAGACUUUUGAAAGACAAGCAUGUGGAAGGUCGUUACUCAGGAGCAGUCUGAGCAGCCCUGACAUGGGCGGUAGGUAUAAAAAAGUUGACUACCCCUCUGUGUUGCCCUUGUAGAACUUGGCAGAAAGGAGGAGGAGGGAGGCAAAAAUAGAAUUAGUUGUCUUGGCCUGUCAUUGGCUCGGUCUCUACCUCCAGUUGUCCUUCCAACCUUCUCCCCACCAAUCCCAAUAGACCUCAGCCACCAGUUUCCCUCUUCCUUUUGGGUCGGAGCUUUUAUACCAAGGAAAGCAUCACAACAUAUAAAGACAGAGAAGGCCCAGCCUCUCUUUGCUGUUCUCUCUUAUCUCACAAGGAUAAUACAGAAGCCUUUUAUGUUAAUCCGCAUGAGGAGGGAUUAGUGUGAUUUUCAUUGGAGGCUUCAGACAGCACAGCUUCGCGGGUUGUUGUCGUUUUCACUUGCAAUGAUGGAGGAAGAGAUGAAACACACUUUAUGCAGACACCGUAUAUGAACCACCUUCUACUAAAAAAAAAAAAAAAUGCAAUCUGGAAAGCAGCCCCAGAACCUCCAAACGGCCUUCCCAUAAUAAGCUGGCAAAUGGUCUGCCAAGGGAGAAGACAGAAUUGCAAAUUUGCAGCAAAAAAUAUCCCCACCUUCCUGGCAGCGUUUCUCUUCAUACAAAACCCUGGUGCUUUACUCCAAAACGGCCCAUUGCUCUUCAAAAAGCACAAAGCCCAGGAUCAUUCCCCGCAGACUGUCUUGAACCCCUUCAUCACCUGCAAAUGACAGAAACCUGUAAGUAAUAGCCCGAUUUCUGUAUAAAAGGUCCUGCACCUCUCCUCAAAAUGGUCUGUGGAAAACAAAACCUGGGGGGGAAAUAUCAGCACAGCCCGAAAUGUUGGGCCUCUCUACUGCUCUGCACCUGCAAGUGAGAGCGGACUGCCAUUUAUUCCCAGCGUGGCUGAGGCAGAAUAAAUAAUUGGGUGCAAUAAUGAGCUGCCUUGUCAGUCCGCGAAACGGUAAAUUAAUCCCGGCGGGGAGUUGUUUGUCACCUUUUGCCAAUCACUCCUUCCCCAGUUCUCCGGGCUUCUUAUCACAUUAAGUUAAUCACACGUUGCCUACCCUUUUUUUUUUUUUGAGGUUUAUUUUAAAGCAAGCCUUCUGGCUCCCUACCUCGGAGGCAGGAGGAGGGCAGAGAGGUGAUAACUAGGUAAUGAGAGGGACAAACGCUCAAAGGGUUCGUCCACGUCACCUGGGAGGGCUCCCUCACGGAACCCACACCUUCGGCUCAAGAGUGGCUGCUGCGUUCGCCUGGCCGAAAUGUGUAGAGAGCAGGAUGCAAUGAACCCGUUCAGCAUGGAUUCCUUGCAGGCUCCAAGCCUGGGCCCCUGGCCUUGACUGGCUUGGGGAGGGGUCUCAGCUGACAGCUCCGGUGCUGAACACCUCCAGCGCCAGGCAUUUGUUGCUGAAUUUGUGCCGGAGUUCAAAAGUCUGCAGAGUUCUUUGAAAUGCUGGAAAAAAUGCAGGGACCGAAAUUAGAGGAACAGAGAAGUGGAAGCCAGAGAAGUAAGGAGGACUACAUCCCAUAUCCCAGCAUUGAUGAAAUUGUAGAAAAAGGCAGCCCCUAUCCUCUCAUCAUCCUGCCGCAGUUUGGGGGCUACUGGAUCGAAGACCCCGAGAAUGUCAGUACACCCACCUCAUCGGAGAGCAGCAUCUGUGAUGAAGACGAGGAGCAGCUGAGCCCCAGUACUUAUGGCUACAAGCUGGAGUGCAAAGGGGAAGCCAGAGCAUAUAGGAAACACUUCUUGGGAAAGGAUCAUUUAAAUUUUUACUGCACAGCUAGCAGCCUGGGAAAUUUGAUCCUUUCUAUUAAGUGCGAAGAGGCAGACGGAAUGGAAUACCUAAGAAUUAUACUCAGGUCCAAAGCAAAAACGUUACAUGAAAGAAUCCCCUUAGCUGGGCUUAGCAAACUACCAAGCAUCCCACAGAUUGCGAAGGCUUUCUGCGAUGAUGUGACCGGACUGAAGUUUAAUCCUGUGCUCUACCCCAAGGCAUCUCAGAUGAUCGUCUCCUAUGAUGAGCAUGAGGUCAACAACACGUUCAAAUUUGGGGUGAUUUACCAGAAGCUUAGGCAGACGCAGGAAGAAGAGCUGUUCGGCAACAACGAAGAGAGCCCUGCCUUCAAGAAUUUCUUGAACUUGCUGGGAGAUACCAUAACACUCCAGGACUUCAAGGGCUUUCGCGGUGGUCUCGAUGUCACUCACGGCCAGACAGGCACAGAGUCCGUGUACACGGUGUUUAGGGACAGAGAGAUUAUGUUUCACGUCUCUACCAAGCUCCCUUUCACUGAGGGAGACACACAGCAGCUUCAGAGAAAGCGACACAUUGGCAACGACAUUGUGGCAAUUAUAUUUCAAGAAGAAAACACUCCCUUUGUUCCAGACAUGAUUGCCUCGAAUUUCCUCCAUGCCUACAUUGUUGUACAGGCAGAUAACCCUGAAGCAGACAAUGCGUCUUACAAAGUGGCUGUAACGGCACGAGAAGAUGUCCCUGCGUUCGGUCCUCCGCUGCCAAACCCUUCUGUAUUUCAAAAAAAUUCAGAAUUUCGAGAGUUUCUCCUCACCAAGCUGAUCAACGCAGAGAACGCCUGUUGCAAAUCAGACAAGUUUGCAAAGCUUGAGGACCGGACGCGAGCCGCCCUCUUGGACAACCUCCAUGACGAGCUCCAUAUCCACACACAAAUGAUGCUGGGCUUGGGCUCUGAGGAGGACAAGCUGGAGAAUGGGGCCCACGGAGGAUUCUUGGAAUCGUUUAAGAGAGCCAUCCGGGUCCGCAGUCAUUCCAUGGAAACCAUGGUUGGGAGCCAGAAGAAACAUCAGAGCGGAGGCAUCCCUGGAAGCUUGAGCGGAGGGAUUGCACACAACAGUGGCGAAGUAACGAAGGCCACCUUUUCUCCUCCGGUAUCAGCAGCUACAGCCAAGAACCAAUCCAGAAGUCCCAUAAAGAGGCGGUCAGGAUUGUUCCCUCGUCUGCACACUGGAUCAGAGAGCCAGGCAGAGCCUCGGACUCGAUGUGACAGUGGCUCAGGAACACCGAAGACCCCUGAAGGAGGACACACCUCUCAAGAAAUCAGGUCUGAGGCCUCUUCGAACCCAAGCUCUCCAGAGAUCUGUCCCAACAAAGAGAGGCCAUUUAUUAAACUCAAAGAAAACGGAAGGUCAAACAUCUCCCGUUCAUCCUCAAGUACCAGCAGCUUCAGCAGCACGGCCGGGGAGAGUGAAAAUAUGGAAGAAUACGAAAGCCUGGGCAGCCAGCCUUCCACAGCGUCACCAUUCAAGCAAGACGUCUUUGUCUACAACUCUUCCCAAAGCAAUGAGAAUCCGGCUCUAGCAUCUGCCGCAACACCGGUGAUAAUGAGCAGGAGCCCGACAGAUAUGAAGAGCAGGAAUUCUCCGAGGUCAAAUCUUAAAUUUCGUUUUGAUAAACUUAGCCAUUCAAGUCCUGGCCCGACACAUUAGCUGACGGAUAAGACUACAGACCUCCCAAAAAGGGCAUUUCUGUUCGGGUUUUUCUUCCUUCCUUCCUGUUUUUCUUACGUGAGAACGCUCUUUUCGACUGACAACGUCCGCCCGCCACACUAUGCGCCACCGCCACAUAUGAAAUGUGCUUCACCCAGGCAGAUGUUCCCGUCCAACCCUGAGGGAGCUGCUACUUUGCCACGUCUCGGCCGGGAUAGAUGCCCCGGGAGAUGAAUCUGACAGGUUGUGGGACUCUCUUCCCUCGCCGACCCCUGUCUCUGCUCCGUCCCUCGUGAUCCAAAGGACAUCUGGGGAGAGGAGACGGGUUUGCUGCUGACAUUAUACUUGAACCCGCUUCUUACUUUGUUUCCGUUUGGUAUUCUGAAAUCUGCAAAACCAGUGUGCUCCUUGUCCUUCAUCGUAGCUGUUUGACUGAAGGUCACUCUCCUGAUGAUUUGAGAAAGUUACUUUGGGGUUUUUUUAAUUAAAAAAAAUCACUCAUAGUGAUAUUAUAGGCUAUUUUCUUCCCUUCCCAGGGCCUAAGGUCAAGUGUCCUUUUUCUAAUGCAAAUGGACUUGUUCUGCAAGUGGGACUUCUUCCCCUUGAAGACAACCUCAGCCAAUUCAGAAUGUGGCAUCGUUUUCCCUUACUUAAGUCCUGCUCUAUUCCUUAUCUCUCUUUCCUUCCCAAGCCCAGUUCUAGAAUACAAGAAGAGACCUGCUGGACCAAAGGUGUGUCUGGCCCUAACCCUGUUCACCACAGGGACCAUGCAGAUAUCCCUAGGAAGCCCACAGCCAGAGCGAAUGGCAGCCUUUACCCCCCGGCAGCACCCUGCCUGGGAACCUACUUCAGCUACCAGAGCUGAAAGCCAACAGCAAAUUUCCCCUCCCCCAUGAAAUUGUCUAAUCACCCCCUAAAGGUAUUGUAGCGAAUGGCCAUCAGAACAUCUUGUGGCUAGGAGUUCCGUAGAGUGGGUUUUUGGAAGACGCCUUGUUUUAUGUGUGGAGAUCAGUGCACAGUCUUCGCAGUAAAGCGCUAUUCCGAUGGCAUGAGUAACGCAACAACUGGUAGUUUCUUAUCUGCUGCAGCCUUCAUCUGCCUUCACAGUCGUCGUAACUUACUGCUUGUUAUCUUCCACCUGUUCUGCUGUUGAGGACUUUUGGAGCAUUCUUUGUCUUGCUUCUUUCCCUGGACCUUUCAGCUGUACUAAUAUGCCUAUAAAGGGCAACUGAGCUCAUGAAUGAGCCUAAUUUUUUUUCUGGACUGACUUAAAAGAGGCUCAGACCACCCCCCAUGUGGUCAAGCCAUGGUCAUCACUGUCUACAAAUUUGGCACUGAUGAGACUAGGAUGCUAGUGAAUAUUUGUGUGUGUGUGUGUGUGUGUGUGUGUGUGUGUGUGUGUGUGUGUAGCAUCAAGGCUGCCUUCUCCUGUGGACCAUAUUAGCAUAACAAGAUGGCAGUCAUGCCAGCUGGGCCCAAUGGGAGUUGUAGUCCAAAAGAGCCAGAGGACUACUGUUUGGGGAAGACUGCCUUAAAGCAGGUGUAGGGAACUUUCACUGGCCCACUGGUCAGAUUUGGCCUACCAGGUCUCCCCAUUUGGCCUGUGAGGUGGUUUCCCCCAAACCACAGUCAUAUGUAGGGUUGCCAGACUCAAUAGUGGACAGGACUCCUGUGCCUUUAAUUGCCCUGCUCUCUUUUGAGUCUGGAAACCUUAAUGAGAAACCA